AUGUUCUACGAGCCCGGAAAAAGUCACCACAACCUCCCCCACGACCCAUUCAAGGCCUGCGUGAUCCCCCGCCCCAUCGGCUGGAUCUCCACCCUCUCGCCCACCGGCACCGCCAACCUAGCCCCAUACAGCCAAUUCACGAACCUCACCUUCGACCCGCCGUACGUGCUCUUCUCAGCGAACCGCACCCCCUCCGGAACGCAAAAAGACACGCCGCGCAACGCAGCCGCCACCGGCGCCUUCGUCUGGAACCUGGCGACGUGGGAGCUGCGCGAGGCCGUGAACGCCACAGCCGAGGGGCUGGCGUACGGGGAGGACGAGUUUGCGCGCGCGGGGCUCGAGGCCGAGGACGCGUGCGUUGUGGCUGCCGCUGUUGAGUGUGAGGGCGGAGAGCGAGCGAGCCGCGCCCUGCCGAUGGUGAAGCGCAGUCCGGUCAAGUUCGAGUGCGUGUUCCAUAGCAUGCUGCAGCUGCCUGGGAACCCGCCGAUGGGCAGCGCGGACGUCGUCAUCGGUCGCGUCGUCGGCGUCCAUGUUGCUGAGUGGGCGCUGACGGAUGGGCGUCUGGACGUCGCCAAGACGGCGCCCAUUGCCCGCUGCGGGUAUUAUCAGUAUGCGGUUGUGCGCGAGACGUUCGAUAUGGUUAUUCCGUCAUCCGGGGGGGCGGAGGGCGAGGACUUGUUGGCCGGGUUGGAGGGGAGCGUGACGAGGCAUCGAGGGAUUGCUGCUAGGGAUGAGGGUGGGGAGGAGAAUGGAGAGGGUGAGAAGGGCGAGGGCGCAGAAAGAAAGGAGGCGUGA